UAAAGAACAAAUACAAGAAAGUUCAAAGCACCAAACUCAGCAAAGAAUAAAUACAAGAAGACCAAAACACCAAACUCAUACUAUUCCCGAUAAAGAACAAAUACAAGAAAGCCCAAAGCACAAAACUCAGCGAAGAACAAAUACAAAAAAGAAGAGAAAGUUCAAAGCUCUAUUCCUAGUGAAGAACAAACACAAGAAAGUUCAAAGCACAAAACCUGGUGAAGAACAAACACAAGAAAAAAGAGAAAGUCCAAAGCUCUAUUCCUAUGAAGAACAAACACAAGAAAGAAGAGAAUGUCUAAAGUAUCUAACUCAGCAAAAAACAAAUACAAGAAAGAAGAGAAAGUCUGAAGCACUAUUCCUAGCGAAGAAUCUACAACAAAAAAAAAAUAUUAGUUCAAAGUAUUAG